GAUGGAGCAAGCGGUGCGAAGAGGCCAUCGCGGGAGGCGCCUCUAGAGCUCACCGCGGCACCAAACUUGCCAGCGAUGUCAAGGAGGAUGUGGUCAAGGAGGCUGACGGCAACCUCUCUGCGCCCUUUUUCAAUAGGUUCAGCCGCCAGAUCAGCAUCUGGAAGGAUGCGUGGGGCGCCCACACCCCAUGUACGCUCAUUUUGGACCAGGAAUAUGAGGUUGUUGAUCCGCCUGGGCCUGAUGUCGACGAGCUCAGGAGCUUGUCGAAAAAAAUCAAAACGAACACUAUCGCCAUUGACGAGUUCCACCCGCGCCAUUUCGCUCUCCUUGGGGACGAGGAGCUCAGAGUUCUGGCUGGCAUCUCCACCUGCAUGAACAUUAUAGGCAACAGCCCCGAGGCCCUUCGACAGCUCACCGUUGCCCUGCAUAGGAAGCCUUUGGAAGGACGACGGCCUCUAGGAUUCUACCAGUCCACCACCAGCGUGCACUCCAAGUUCCUUGCCACUGAUUGCAGGAAGUGGGGGUCUCGCUGCGCUGCCAGCCCUUACUUCAAUAUGGCUCCGCACAGGUCGACCUCGGAUGCUGCCUGGCGCCAGGCAGUGCGACAUGAUCUUCAUCACAACCAAGGCAAGUUCGUUGGGGUCCUCCUUGCUGACCUCAAACAGUGCCAUGAGCAUGUGGGCCACAGCCGCCUUUGGAGUGAGUCCAAAUCUUGCUUGUUCCCCCUCCACGUGGUCAGGCUCACGGUCACCAGCUAUCGCUGGCCUCGUCGCCUGCUGAUGGACUCGGCUCUCAGUGACCAGAUCGACCCCACGAGGGGCAUCGUGGACCUCACUAUUCACAUUGAUGGAAUCACAACGUCGGUGGCCAUGCCGACGGCAGCGGACUGCUUGAACUCGCUGGCCAGUCUCGCAGGGCUCGUCUUCGACCAGAUGACUAACAGGUUGGAGCUGCCGGUCGCAGUAAAGAAACUGCAGUUCACCACCAACUCCAACGAGGUGGCAAAGCUCGCGCCUGCCGCGUUAGGCCCCUAUGGGCACACCAUAGCUGUGCAUGUGAUCAACCUCGGCUUUGACUUCACCAUCGUCAAGAAUGGUGCUGCCAAGGGCACCAGGACCGAAAACAAGUCUCGUUGGGGUAAGAGCAUUCGUAGGCUCAUCCUUAUUAAGAAGUUGCGGGGCCCUCCUGUUAAGAAAGGGAAAAUCUUCGUCUGCGGGAUAAAUCCCAGCCUCACCUACGGUGAAGAGAUCCAGGGGCAUUCGCCCACGGAGAUUCGGGCCCUGCGCCUCCAGAUGGCCAAAAGUGUCAGGCUCUGGGGUGCGGAGGCCAACCUUGACUUGUGUUGGUGCCUG